GCCUAAGGGGCGGGUCCCGCCGGGGUCCCGGUACAGCGGCGGCGUCAUGGCGGGGGUGUUCGAUAUCGACCUGGAGACCGAGGAGGGCAGCGACGGGGAUGAACCCGAGCUGGGCACCGAGAUGGAGAUGGAGCCCCGGGGAAACGGCCUGGAGCCGGUGGGACACUACGAGGAGAUCGAGAUCUCCGAGAGCAGCGUCAACAACGGCCCCGAGCACAUCGGCCCCCACUGCUUCGAGCUGCUGCGUGUCCUGGGCAAGGGUGGCUAUGGCAAGGUCUUCCAGGUCCGUAAAGUCCAAGGCACCAACACGGGGAAGAUCUUUGCCAUGAAGGUUCUGAAGAAGGCCAAGAUCGCCUGCAACGCCAAGGACACGGCUCACACCCGAGCUGAGAGGAACAUCUUGGAGGCCGUCAAGCACCCCUUCAUCGUUGACCUCAUCUACGCCUUCCAGACGGGUGGCAAGCUCUACCUCAUCCUGGAGUGCCUCAGUGGUGGAGAGCUCUUCAUGCAGCUGGAGCGGGAAGGCAUCUUCCUGGAGGACACUGCCUGUUUCUACCUGAGUGAGAUCACCCUGGCACUGGGUCACCUCCACUCCCAUGGCAUCAUCUACCGAGAUCUCAAGCCGGAGAACAUCAUGCUCAACAGCCAAGGUCACAUCAAGCUGACAGAUUUUGGGCUGUGCAAGGAGUCGAUCCACGACGGGGCCGUCACCCACACCUUCUGCGGCACCAUUGAGUACAUGGCCCCCGAGAUCCUGGUGCGCAGCGGGCACAACCGGGCGGUGGACUGGUGGAGCCUGGGCGCCCUGAUGUACGACAUGCUCACAGGAUCGCCCCCUUUCACCGCCGAGAACCGCAAGAAGACCAUCGACAAGAUCCUCAAGGGCAAACUGGUGCUGCCCCCCUACCUGACCCCCGAUGCAAGGGACCUUCUCAAGAAGUUCCUCAAGAGAAACCCCAACCAGCGGGUCGGAGGCGGCCCAGGUGAUGCAGCUGACGUGCAGAAGCAGCCUUUCUUCCGUCACAUCAACUGGGAGGAUCUCCUGGCCCGCAGGCUGGACCCUCCGUUUAAACCGUGCUUGCAGUCAGAGGAGGAUGUCAGCCAGUUUGACACCCGGUUCACUCGCCAAACCCCCGUGGACAGCCCGGACGACGCUGCCAUCAGUGAAAGUGCCAACCAAGCCUUCCUGGGCUUCACCUACGUGGCCCCAUCGGUGCUGGAGAGCAUCAAGGAGGGGUUCUCCUUCCAGCCCAAGGUGCGCUCCCCCCGCCGCCUCAACAGCAGCCCCCGCACCCCCGUCAGCCCUGUGAAAUUCUCCCCCUUUGAAGCAUUCAAGCCAGGAGGGACAGGGGGAGAGCCAAUGGAGGUGGGAGCCACCCUGCCACCCCCUCCUCCAGAGGGCACAGCCCCCUUGCCCAUCAAGACCAAGAAGCAGAAGGGAAGUCGGGGGCGGGUGCCCAGGUAGGGGUGGGGUGGGGGUGGGGAU